GUUUAUAUUCAACCUUUGUCGUGAUUAAUUGUUAAAUUAUAAAGCAAAAGCUCACAUUGUUUUCGUUUUGCUUUUUAAAUUGUUGACUUUUAAUUAAAACCGUGUUAUGUAUAAAAUAAAUAUAUAUUAAGUGUAAGCAAUGUUUUAAUAAUGAAGUUUUUUACUUGUCACAUUUUUAUUAUAAACUAUGGAUUUUUAUUUUGUUUUUGCGCUCCUGCAAAUAAUGAACGUCAAACCGUAAGAGUAAAACGUAUUGUUGGUGGAAGGCAAGCAGCUAAACCGCCGCCUGAUGAUCCGGUAGUAUUUUCACAAAUGUAUGAUAGGGAUGCUCGAGUGGAAGGUUUUCGCCAUGAGGAAACAGGAAUUUAUAAUUUUUUGGGAAUACGAUAUGCUGAUCCUCCAGUUGGAGAAAACCGAUUUUUACGUCCCAGGUUUCGACGGUUAGAAGGUGAUAUAAAUGCAACACGUUAUGGACCACCGUGCCCGCAGCCAGACCCAUAUAAUCCCAAUAAAGUCAUAGGCAAUGAAGACUGCUUAAUACUUAAUAUUUAUACGCCACAAAUGCCUGACGAAACUACCGGUUUGCCUGUAUAUGUUUGGAUCCACCCUGGCGGCUUUCGGCAAGGAUCUGCAGCACAAUAUGAUGCUCAGCCGUUAGCGCAAAAUGGAAUGAUUUUCGUUCCUGUACAAUACCGUUUAGGUACCCUGGGAAUUGUUGGAGACGGAUCUAAAGAAUUCGGUGGAAACUUAGCAAUGCUUGAUAUGACUGUAGCCUUGAGAUGGGUGACAGAUUACAUAUCUUUUUUCGGCGGCGAUCCAAAGCAAAUGAAAGUUAUUGGACAUGGAUCUGGAGCUGCUAGCGCGAUGUAUAUGGGUGUAUCCAGAUUACCAAGAAGUGGUGAUUUGACUGGUAUAGUGUCAAUGUCCGGUUCAGCCUUAUCACAAUACGCUACCGAUGAAGAGCCUGUUCAAACAGUAGAAGAAAUAGCUGAGCUAAAUGAGUGUCCUACAAGCAAUAACAUAGAAAUACUCAAAUGUUUAAGAAGUCGGUCUGUAGAAGAUAUUAUUAAAGCAGAUUCGCAAGUCGAAACGGAACGACUUCAUGGAAGAGCUAUGGUUAAAGGAAUUGCUGGCAGCAGUGCUUUUCAACCACAUGUAGAAGUACCCGAUGACGACCGAGCCUUACCAGGAUUUUUGACAAUUAAAGCCGAGUCUAUUAUUAAAAACGGAGAGUUUUCUAAAGUUCCAUUACUCAUUGGAACCGCGAAACAUGAAACUGCGAACGGAAUUGCAAUAGCAACAUUGUCAAAAAUUUAUGGCUCCUUAGAUAAAUUUCUUGGGUCGAUGAUGGAUUCUAUAAACAAAUUGAAGAGCUUUUUGGCUAUUGACAAGAUAACUGGUGAAAUUUUAAAACCGGUAUUACCUGGUUUGGAAGGUAUUUCAAUCGAUCUAAAUUCUUAUUUGAAAGUGCCAACUUCUCUAUCGCCUGCAGAGAUAUUUCAAAAGCUUACAGAAACUACCACCGACGUUCUUUUCAAUUUGCCAGCAGUUCUUUCAGCUGAGAAUUGGAGUAAAGUUGCUCCAGCCUAUUUAUAUAGUUUUGAUUUUAAAGGAAAUGUCUCCAAAGGCAUAAACUUUCUCCGAGGUCUACCCAUCGUAUCUGGUGAUCAGCAAACAAAUUAUACCGGCCAUGGUGAUGAACUUGGUUAUUUAUUUGAAACAAAUGACAUUUACGGAAAUCCUAUAGCAAACGCAAAACUCACUGAAGAAAAAGAUUUAAAAGUUCGCAUAAAUUUUAUUUCGGUUCUAAAACAAUUUUCAAAAAUGAAUUCUGAAACAGAAACUGAUUCAAAAAGUCUAUUUCAAAGAUUUACCGGAAAAGGAGCACCUUUCUUGGAAAUUUCUGAUUCAUUAACAUUCUCAAAUAAUUUUAGAUUUUGCGAGCUAUCCAUAUAUGGAGCACCUUUACAAGCUUUACAAUCAACUACUUGCUCUGGGUUAAAUACAAUAUUGGGUGGGCUUCACAAUGCUACUGGAACUUUAAAAAAUCUAGGCUCCUCAAUUACCAAUCCUCUUGGAGUAGGAGGAAGUGGUUUCAAUUUAGAAAAACCCCAUCCAAGUAAAAGACCUGCUGGUUUAGGUGGAAUUUUAGGUUAGAUGUGAUAUGCGAAGCAUUGCUUUUUUUGUGACGUUAUCUUAAUAAAAUACGCAGAACGGUUUCGCAUUCUGCAGAAAUUGAUUAAAGUUUUUUUGUAAUAUUUUUUGCUUAUUAGUUUAAAAUAUUUUAAAAAUCAAACUAUAAUAAUAAUAACUUUAUUAAAUUUGCAUAAAAUAAAUAAUUUGAAUAAAAAAGCCGUGAAUUUUAAAAAUAAAAUUUUUUAUAAAAU